AUGCUGGAAGAGGGAAAUAAUGUUUACGAAAUCCAGGACUUGGAGAAGAGAUCUCCUGUAAUAGGCUCAAGUCUGGAAAAUGAGAAGAAGGUAGCCGCUUCUGAAACUUUUACAGCAACUUCCGAAGAUGACCAACAAUACAUCGUUGAAUCAUCAGAGGCCACAAAAUUAUCAUGGUUCCAUAAGUUCUUUGCCAGUUUAAAUGCAGAAACAAAGGGUGUUGAACCAGUCACAGAGGAUGAAAAAUCUGACGAUUCCAUACUGAAUGCUGCGUCCAUGUGGUUUUCAGCCAAUAUGGUCAUUGCAUCAUAUGCUUUAGGUGCCUUAGGUCCCAUGGUAUUCGGUCUAAACUUUGGUCAAAGUGUUUUGGUUAUCAUCUUUUUUAAUAUAAUGGGUUUAAUAUUUGUUGCGUUCUUUUCCGUCUUUGGUGCUGAACUGGGUUUAAGACAGAUGAUUUUGUCCAGAUAUCUGGUUGGUAAUGUAACGGCAAGAAUUUUCUCUCUUAUUAACGUUAUUGCUUGUGUCGGUUGGGGUAUUGUGAAUACCUCUGUCUCCGCGCAACUGUUGAAUAUGGUGAAUGAAGGUUCUGGUCAUGUCUGUCCUCUUUGGGCUGGUUGUCUGAUCAUUAUUGGUGGUACUGUGCUUGUGACUUUUUUUGGUUAUAGUGUCAUUCAUGCAUACGAAAAAUGGUCCUGGGUGCCCAACUUUGCCGUCUUUUUAGUCAUUAUUGCUCAACUAUCGAGAUCAGGAAAGUUUAAAGGAGGGGAAUGGGUAGGAGGCGCAACUACUGCAGGUGGCGUCCUUUCUUUUGGUUCUUCUAUUUUCGGUUUUGCCGCAGGGUGGACGACAUAUGCAGCUGACUAUACUGUAUAUAUGCCAAAGAAGACAAACAAGUACAAGAUUUUCUUCUCCCUAGUUGCUGGUCUAGCGUUCCCUCUAUUUUUCACUAUGAUUCUUGGUGCUGCCUCCGCUAUGGCUGCUCUUAAUGACCCAACCUGGAAGGCAUAUUAUGAUAAAAAUGCUAUGGGUGGCGUUAUAUAUGCUAUUUUGGUCCCUAACUCUCUAAACGGGUUUGGUCAAUUCUGCUGUGUUUUGUUAGCAUUGUCUACUAUUGCUAAUAAUAUUCCAAAUAUGUAUACCGUUGCUUUAUCUGCCCAAGCUCUGUGGGCGCCUUUGGCUAAAAUACCUAGAGUAGUCUGGACAAUGGCAGGUAAUGCUGCAACUUUAGGUAUUUCCAUCCCCGCCACCUAUUACUUUGACAGUUUUAUGGAAAAUUUCAUGGAUUCCAUCGGUUACUACUUAGCUAUUUACAUUGCCAUUUCUUGUUCAGAGCACUUUUUCUACAGGCGUUCGUUCAGUGCUUAUAAUGUCGAUGAUUGGGAUAAUUGGGGACGUUUACCUAUCGGUAUUGCGGGUACUUCUGCCUUAAUUGUCGGUGCCUUCGGUGUUGCAUUGGGUAUGUGUCAAACUUAUUGGGUUGGUGAAAUUGGUCGUUUGAUCGGAGAGUAUGGUGGUGAUAUCGGGUUCGAGUUAGGUGCAAGUUGGGCCUUCAUCAUCUUCAACAUCUUGAGGCCUUUAGAAAUAAAAUAUUUCGGUCGUUAA